GGACGAAAUCCGCGGACCGGGCUUUAGGUUCGCCGGAAUCCCACGCUCCCGACUUCUGCUUCCGGGUCGGAGCCAUGGCGGUGGCAAAUUCAAGUCCUGUUAACCCCGUGGUGUUCUUUGAUGUCAGUAUUGGCGGUCAGGAAGUUGGCCGCAUGAAGAUCGAGCUCUUUGCAGACGUUGUGCCUAAGACGGCCGAGAACUUUAGGCAGUUCUGCACCGGAGAAUUCAGGUCAGUUUCAGAUGUGUUUGACUUCUUUGCCUGCUCCAGAGGGGUGUUCUGGGGCUGCAGUGAGGGUAUCGGUGAACCACCUGCUGGCCUUGAAUGAUUGCUGGUGACAGUGAUAGAAGGAAAGAUGGGGUUCCAAUAGGAUACAAAGGAAGCACCUUCCACAGGGUCAUAAAGGAUUUCAUGAUUCAGGGUGGAGAUUUUGUUAAUGGAGAUGGUACUGGAGUCGCCAGUAUUUACCGGGGGCCAUUUGCAGAUGAAAAUUUUAAACUUAGACACUCAGCUCCAGGCCUGCUUUCCAUGGCGAACAGUGGUCCGAGUACAAAUGGCUGUCAGUUCUUUAUCACCUGCUCUAAGUGCGAUUGGCUGGAUGGGAAGCAUGUGGUGUUUGGAAAAAUCAUCGAUGGACUUCUAGUGAUGAGAAAGAUUGAGAAUGUUCCCACAGGCCCCAACAAUAAGCCCAAGCUACCUGUGGUGAUCUCGCAGUGUGGGGAGAUGUAGUCCAAACAAAGACUGAAUCAGGAGCUCAUGGAAAGUAAGACAUUCCCAGAGGUGAUCACUAGUAAUAUGAGUGACAUUGCCAAGUAUGAGAAGAGUACAAGGGAGAAAUCCAUCACUUCCAGCCAGGUGAGGGGUAGUGAUGUUUUGUUUUUCUUUUUUUUUAUUUUCAAACCUGCAAAAAAGUUAGAAGAUAAUACCUUGAACACCCAUAUAUCUUCACUUAGAUUCACCAAUGAUUAACAUUCUUGUUUUAUUGCUUUGCCUUGACAUUUGUUUUUUUCUUUCCCUUCUUGCCUCCUCACCCAUUUCCAUUGCCUCUCCUCCUCCCUCCUGCUCCUCUUCCCUCCCUCCAUCCUUUCCUUCCUAUCUUUCUUCCCAUCUUCCUUCCUUUACCCUUUCUUCUUCUCUUUCCCAUUUGAAAGUUGCAGACUUCUUGACACUUUACCCCUAAGUAUUUCAGCAAGGAACUCCUAAAAAUAAGAACAUCCUACGUAACCACAAUAUUAUCUAAUAUAUAGUACAUUUUCAAACCUCCCCAAUUGUCCCAAAAGUAACUUUUGUAGCUUAAAAAAAGGUGAUCCAAUCAAGGUUCCCAUAUUUCAUUUCAUUUGGUUUACACAAGUAACAUAAUACACUCUCAUUGUGAAAACUUUCACACCAAACAGAUAAAGUGAAAGCCCCUCUUGACAAUACCCACCUGCAAUUCCACUCCCCUUUCCAAAGGUCACUUCCUUAUUUGUUUGAUGUAUGUCCAUCAGGGCCUUUGCCUUGCCCAUCUAAUUUUGGGAGGUUUUCUUUUUCCCAAAUGAAAUCAUACUAUAUUUUUCAUGUUCUAAAAAAUAUGUCUUGAAAACUUUUCCUUCUUAGUUCAUGUAAAACCACCUUGUAUUAAAAAAUGAAAACAGCCCGGCAGGAGGUGGCUCACUCCUGUAAUCCCAGCACUUUGGGAGGCCAAGGAGGGCAGAUAGCUUGAGCUCAGGAGUUCGAGACCAGCCUGGGCAACCUGGUGAGACCCCGUCUUUCCAAAAAAAAAAAAAAAAAAAAUUAGCCAGGUGUGGUGGUGCAUGCCUGUAGUCCCAGCUACUCAGGAGGCUGAGGUGGGAGGAUUACUUGAGCCCAGGAGUUUGAGGCUGCAGUGAGCUAUAAUCACACCACUGUACUCCAGCCUGGAUGACAUCAAAAAAAAAAAAAAAAAAAAGGAAAAGAAAAA